UAUUGAUCAGAGCAUGUAAAAAACAAGCUAGCUAGUUUUCAGUGUGUGGCUCCGGAACGUUUGAAUGCUGCAACCUCAUCCCCCCAACCUCUCUAUAAAAAGGGCCCUUCAGCUCUCACAAAAUGCACCACCCCAAGAAGCCCUAGUGAGGCAACAAUAACCCUACCCCCUUUCCCACUUCCACCAUGGCUUUCAGAGUGCUUGUGCUGAUGCUUCUCUCGAGCCUGCUGGCUCAUGUCAUUGGGUCAGGUAUGGCACAGUCCGUCGGUCCUGCCAUCACUCACGACCCUUGCUUAGAUCUUACCGAAUACCAGUACGAGCCAUCACCGGAGCUGCCUUUGGGUCGUCGGAGUUUCCCUAAAGGCUUCGUGUUUGCCUCAGCCACAGCUGCUUACCAGAUCGAGGGUGCUGCUAAUCAGUAUUGCAGAGGCCCAAGUAUUUGGGACAGAUUUGCUCAUGAGUUUCCAGAGAGGAUAGCAGAUGGGAGCAAUGGAGAUGUGGCACUGGACCAUUAUCACCGCUUGGAGGAGGAUAUCAUAAGGAUGAAGUUCAUGAAUCUGGAUGCUUACCGAUUCUCCAUCUCCUGGACUAGAAUCAUACCAUACGGCAAGAUCCAGUCCGGAGUCAAUGAGCAAGGAAUCAAGUUUUACCACGACCUACUCGAUUUGCUCGAGAAACAUGGACUGGAGCCUUAUGUGACCAUAUGGCAUUGGGACACCCCUCAAGCCCUGGAAGCUGAGUAUGGUGGAUUCUUAAGCCGUAACAUUGUGAAGGAUUUCGAGGAUUACUGCGACUUGUUGUUCAAGGAGUAUGGCCACAGAAUAAAGAAGUGGAUCACCUUGAACGAGCCAAUGGUCCAUGUUAUGCGAGGCUACGACGAAGGACUGCACGCACCGGGACGCUGCUCCGUGUGGGCAAACCGAGCCUGUGUAGCCGGAGACUCCGCAACUGAACCUUACAUCGUCACCCACAAUCUCCUCCUUGCUCAUGCCGCUGCUUACCGUUUGUACGAGAAAAAGUACAAGGCGGAGCAACAAGGGGCAAUAGGGAUCACCGUAGUCACGUUCUGGUUCAUUCCUUAUAACCCCGAUGACACCGCAGACGUUGAUUCCGUCCAGAGAUCUCUGGACUUCAACUAUGGCUGGUACUUGGAUCCUCUUACCUAUGGUCGCUACCCAAGAAACAUGGUGGAUCUGGUCGGAUCUCGUCUGCCGACCUUCACCGAAGAAGAGUCGCACUUGCUCAAGAACACGUACGAUUUCAUUGGCCUCAACUACUACACCACCUAUUAUUCCAAGAACAACACCGAGUUCGACCCUGUGCAUCUUCGAUACACUCUCGACUCUCGCGCAAUUAACACUCCUGAAAAGGAUGGAGCCUAUAUUGGUGAACCGAUGGGUUCCUUCUGGCAGUUUCUAUACCCUGACGGGCUACGACUGCUUUUGGAGUACACCAAAGAAACAUAUGGGGAUCACGAUAUCUACAUCACCGAGAACGGAAUGGGGACACAGGAGGACCCUAAACUGACACUCGCAGAGGCGAGAGCCGACACCAUGAGGGUGAACUUCUACAACGCCCACCUCGCAAGCAUUCGCCAGGCGAUGAUCGAGAAGGAGGUGAAGGUGAGAGGGUUCUUCGCCUGGUCGUACGCCGACAACUACGAGUGGAACGACGGGUACUCGGUCCGAUUCGGGCUCAACUACGUCAACUACACGGAUCUCUCCAGGCACCCUAAGCACUCUGCCUGCUGGUACACCAAUUUCUGCCGCCGAGACCCGCCCAGGGAGGAUAACAACCUGAAGAUGAUCACCGCCGGCCCUGCUUCCGCCGCAGGCGGUCGCAAGUCACUACUCCGCCGCCCAGCAGCUACUGUGUAAUAUUCGUCGAGACGACGACGGAGUACUAUUAAGUAUGGAAGAAUAAGAAGGGAUCCGACGGUCACUACACUGAGCAUGAUCGUGGUGAAUACAUGCAGCCGUAUAAGACAUGCAUCAUGAUGAUAAUCAGGUGGCCUUGUGAUCCGAUUGGUCAUUCUCCUUUUCUUUGUGUGUAUGUGACAAUAAACUGUUGUUGUUCAGUGAAUGACGACGGAUGUUAUGUUGUACCGUGUACUGUUGUUGUUGUUAACAAACGAAUAAAAACUAUUAUUAAACAAAUGAUGAUUUGUGAAUCCGUGAUUAGUACUUAUCCC